AUCAAAACCAAAUUUCCCUCUUGCCAGAGUGGACGUGCACUUGAACUCGCUCAUCAUCUCUCGACACACAUGUGGACACUUCGAUUAUUGUUUUCGUGCAUACUUUUUGUUCGUUUCUGUGAUUCUGUUUUUGGUUUCCUUCGACUUGAUUGUCGAACACAACUUAAUUGAUUAGUUUUACGGAUGACGACAAUGGAACUGGAAGCGUCGCUCUAUCCUCUAGCCUCCGACAACAUAAGCAGCAUCAUGAGCCACAGCGCUAAAAGCCAUCACGAGAAUGUCGGGACCCGCCGACGUAAGAUAACGUUCGCCAUGGAGGUGCGGGUGAAGCAAGAGUCGCAGGACGAAGCGCUCGUCCCGCUCUGCGGCAAAUCCACCAACGGCACCAACGGCAACAGCAGCAGCAGCAACAACAACAACAACAACAGUCAUUCCGUCAACGGAUCGGGCGGCAAUAAUCCUCAACCCGGACCCAUGCAGAAAGUGCCAUCCCUCUCCGAUCUUUCAGAUCCGGAAAGUUCACUAGUAAACUCGCAGAGAAGCCCAGUCAUUCAUCAACCGUAAAGUCGGACGCAUCGCAGUAGACCAUCUCUUGCUUAUUAUUAUUAUCUCUCUCUCGCAGACUUGUUUUUAUUUUUUUUCACGAAAGUUUCCUUUGAGAGUGCGUGUGUUUUGUGUUGUUUGGUUGGUUCUCUCCGGCAGAACUGCACGAGUGACAGACAGUUGUGUGUGUGUGUGUGACUUUAGUGCCAACUCUUUUUUGUACCUCAUCUUUUAAUUUUUUUGAACAGUUGAGGGUUUCUUACGCGUGUCUUGUUCUUUUUUAUCGUGCGUGUGCCUGUGUGCUAGUUGUUGGAGGUCCUUUAUUUUUCACGAAUUUUACCUUGGAACGGCGGCGUGAAUUGCGAGUUGUCGUCAACGAGACGUCAAGGCCGUUGUUGGUCAAGCGGACCGACGCCGACGACGCCUCACGCGUGCGCACCUGUUGAUUGCCCGAUCACGUGGCGUCUGCCUUCGAAAAUAUUGUUGAUUUCUCUUUUGAAAAAGAAAAAAACGAACCUCUCAAUCAAGUCGUCACUUGCUUCUUCUUUUUAUUUUUUAAAAAAUUCCUGCGUGAUCGUCGUCAUCAUCAUCGACGUCGAUCGGGUUGAUUAUGUACAUCGACUGUCACCCGAGGUUGAUUAUGAUGGGCAUUAAAACUAUGAAGCCCCUCAACGGCACUCGUUGCAAAGAUAUACCGGCCCAGGUGCCACCGCUAACGCCGGGUACCAACAAGAAGAUGACAGAGGCCCUCAAAGCCUCGUUCGCUUCGUGGGAGAAGGAACAGGAGCGUCUGGGCAUCCCCAAAGAUCCGCGACUGUGGUCAGAGAGCGACGUCUCGCGCUGGCUCAACUGGGCCAUCAAAGAGUUCUCGCUGGAAGGUGUGGUGCUGCAGCACUUUCGCAUGCGAGGCCGCGACAUGUGCGCCAUGGGCAAGGAGAACUUUCUGGCCCGAACGCCUCCCUUCAUGGGCGACAUCCUCUGGGAGCAUCUCGAGAUCCUCCAAAAAGACGUGGAACGUGCAGCGCUGGGCAGUGUGCCGGCCAAUUUUUACGAAUCCAUUUGCGUGCCAGUGCCGGAUCUGAGAGACUUUCUGGCCGGCAGUAGUGCCAACAACAACAGCGGCAAUAGCAACAACAAUAACAACAACAGCAACAGUAACAGCAUCGGGGGAGGAGGCGGCGGCGGAGGCGGAUUCUCUCCGCCACCUCCGCCUCCGCCGGCCGCCGUCUCGUCGUCCGGCUCCAAUUCAGCCUCCAACGCCUCGACUCCGGCCGGAUCUUCUUCUUCGAAUACGACGUCGCAUCCGCCGUCCGCUCAGCCGCAGGUGUCGAGCGGAUCGCCGCCCCUCUCCAUUCAACCCGUGUCCCCGCCCACGCCGCCCACUCCGCCGACGCUCAAAAUGAUGACAUCCGCCGCCACCCUUUCUCAGCAGCAGCAACAACAACAACAACAACUCAACAACGUGCUGUCUUCGAUGAAUCCAUCGCGGCUGGCCGUGUCAUCCUCAUCCAACGGUGUCACCUCCUAUCUCGAAGGAGGGUACAGCUCGUUGGGCGACCCGAUGCAGACCGGAAUGGGAGAAAUGGUGCCAGGUUCCGGUUCGUCGGCUGUGGUCCAGCAACACCAUCCGCACCAGCAACAACACCAAGAAGUUGUCGACUCGCCUUUCGGAGUCGGCGUGGCGUUCGGUGACGGAGAAGCCGACUAUCAAAAUUUGGACUCGGUGACCAACGCUGGACACCACCACCAACACCAGCAGCAGCAACAACAACAACAGCACCACCACCUCCACCACCACCAUCAGCAGCACCAGCAACAACACCAUCAGCAGCAGCAGCAGCAACACCACCAGCAGCAGCAACAGCAGCAUCAUUUCCUGCCUCAUCCCGACUUGGCGUCCGAUUUCUACCCGCAACCGGCCCACAACAACCAGACGCAACAGCAGCAACAACAGCAGCAACAGCCCUACAGCGGCAACAUGAAGCAACAGCCGUACGGACGAGGACGGUAUCCUGGUCAUGAUGGAGGUUACGUUUCUGAUCCUUACGGGGCCACUACGCCCGGUGGAGGACAUCCAGCGUACGGCGAACACAGCCCGUUUCAAACAGUACCUAACCUUGGCGGAGGAGGCGGUCCCAAUGAUCCUUGGGUACCACCCGGUGACCUCGGUGGUCACCACAAUGGAAUGCAAGCUCAGCACCAUCCGGCGGCGUACAUGAACAACCACGGCGGAAUGGGUCCCCAAAGAGGUGGCAAUGAUCCAGUCCUUGGCGGACACAUGCACCAACUCAGCAGUCACAGCCCGACCAUGGGCUCACCGGAAUCCAAGCCAGUCAUUCAAGCUUCGAUGCUGGCCGCCUACCAAGGUGGACCACCAGGCAGCGGACCUUGUUUCACGGGAUCGGGACCGAUCCAGUUGUGGCAGUUUCUACUCGAGUUGUUGACGGACAAGUCGUGCCAGAGCUUUAUUUCGUGGACGGGCGAUGGCUGGGAGUUCAAGCUGUCUGAUCCGGACGAGGUGGCUCGCCGCUGGGGCAUCCGCAAGAACAAGCCCAAAAUGAACUACGAGAAAUUGUCACGCGGUCUGCGCUACUACUACGACAAAAAUAUCAUCCACAAAACGGCGGGCAAACGAUACGUUUACCGUUUUGUUUGCGAUCUUCAAAAUCUUUUAGGGUACACAGCGGAGGAACUGCACGCCAUGGUCGAUCUCAAACCGGACAAGAAAGAUGACGAGUGAAUUUCAAAUCCCCUUCUCACCUCACCUGAGAUUACACACACACAAACACCAAAUGCUAACUUCAUCAAACAAUGCGGCAUUGAUAUGAUCGUUUCAACCCAGUUUAUAUAGUGACGUCUCUUUUUAGAUUGACAAACCGUCAAACAAAAACAAGAAAAAAAAACCAUUGAAAAACUUUUUAGUUGACGGCUAUGUGAAUUUUGCAUUAUGCCAAAGCCAAUCUUUUGAUUUCUUUCUCUCUCUCACUUGAUUAUUUUUUUUUCUCUUCUUAAACUCUUUCUCAAGUUUCGAUUGAACUUCGCGAUCCUUCAUUUAUAUAUAUUAUAUAUAUAUAUAGCAAAUCCCUGAAAAAAAAAAUGUUUAUAUUGUUUGCGGUCCAUUCACCACCGAGUGCCUUGGUGUCGUUUAUUUUUUCUCGAAAUUCUUUUCCCCCUCUACUCUGCGUGUCCGUCUCUGUGUCCGCGCUGUCAUUUGCUGAUCCAUGUGAAGCUGGGCAAAGAGGCAUCCAGAUACCAAAAUGUUGGUAUCGAAAUCCAUUUCGUGUGUCUCGUAAAUCCCCGUUUCAAAAACAAACAAACAAACACAAAAAAAAAAGUACCCGAGUUCAGUGGCCAAUCGAUUGCCAAAACCAAAUUCGACCGGAGUUAAUUCAAUCGGAUGAUUCUCGUUUUCUUUCUUCUACUUUUUUUUUAAAUUCCAAAAAGUCGCCAAAAAUACCAUUUUUGAGAGGGGACAAUCAAUUCUGAUGGAAAUUCGUUUAUUUUUCUGUUUAUUAUUCCUUUUUUUUUCUCUCUUUCGGUCGAGUAGGAAAACAAUCGUGUUGGCUUCACCAGAUGGCGCAAACACUAAUGUCUUUCGAAUCGCUGUACCUCACACACCUGAUGAUUGUUUUUGUUUUUAUUUUUCUAAGAAAAAACAAAUGAAGACACUUUGUUCACAACAAAAUCUUUUGGAGGGAUAAAAACGAAAGAGGGAUAACGGCGUGUGUUAAAUUUUUUUUUUAAUUAUUAUUAUUAUUCGUUUUACAAUUUUCCCGUGAACCAACCAUUUUUAAAAUGCUUUUUUUUCGUACUUUAAAUGUAUAAACUCUUAUAUUUGUCGUGUUCUUUUUUUUCCAAAUUUCAAUAACAAGUGCCUUUUUUUUCUCUUUUUUUGUUGUUGUUGGCGACAUUGUCGAAGUUUUCUGUUGUUUCCGGAUCGUGGGCGUGUCGAAGGAUUAGACACACGCAUGUAGUGAAAUGUGAAAAAAGAAAUGAUUUUUGGACAAACAAAUGAAUGGAACUGUCUUAGCAUAAUGGAAAAUCGUGUAUAAUGUACAGAUUUUGAUCAUGACGGUCUAUCGAGCUUCCGCCGCGAUUUGACAUGUGAACGUUUUCUCUUUUUUUAAUUUUUUUUUUUAAUUAUAAAAAUAAGCCCUAUGUCAUUUCUCGACAGAAACAUUUGCUAUAUCGUGUGCGAAUCAUAAUAAUAUGUAUAACCAACAUUUUUGCUACCAUCUCUCUUAUUUGCAUUUCUUACGCUCUUUAUUUUCUCUCUAUCCUCCAUAUUAUUGUUGUUCUCCCCCAAUCCCAAUCUCCCCCUAAAACAAAAACUAUCCGAAUACAUGUUUUUUGGACUCGA